AUGAAAAGGGGUCAGCCACAACAAGAUUACAACUUCAAUGACGGCGGCGGCAGCUCCUCCGCGGCACCCGGUGGGGCUUCGGAUUGGAGGUCUGAUGUCGCCGGGAAAUCAAAUAUGUGGGAUGAAACUGGAAAACAAGAUGGUGGCGAUGAUGAGUUGUUUGCGAUGCUCGGGUACAAUCUUAAAUCGUCCGACAUGGCUGAAGUCGCCGAUAAAAUUCAGCAUCUUGAAGAAGCUUUGGUGAAUGACGUCGAAUUAUCUCAACUUGCCUCUGAUUCUGUUCAUUACAAUCCUUCCAAUCUAUCGACAUGGCUUGAGACUAUGAUGGUCGAGUUGAACCCUACAAGUCAACAACUUGUGGCCGAUGAUUCCGCUAUGAACACCGCCACCGCCGUCGCCAUUGCCGACGUUCCAGCGAACGAUAACGCAACCGCGGCGGUGCAACCAACUUCUGUCUUCAUGGGAAAUCUUGUAUCGGUCCCGGAUGUCGUCGCGAUUCAUUCUCCGGUUAAAAGAAUGAAACCCUCAAGGGUGUCGGUGGCGUCGACUUCAAACAAUCCAAACGCGGUGGUGCUCGUGGAUUCACAGGAUAACGGGAUUCGUCUUGUACACACUUUACUUGCGUGUGCAAGAGCUGUACAUGAACAGCAGAUCCAACUGGCCGAAAACCUAGUGAAACAUGCCGGAAUGUUAGCUGUGUCUCAGCCGGGACCGAUGAAGAAAGUAGCCGGUUAUUUCUCCGAAGCACUUGCCCGACGAAUCUACCAAGUUCGGCCUCAGACCCCACUAGAUUCGCCGGCGUAUAAUGAUCGUCUUCAGACCCACUUUUACGAGGCCGGCCCGUAUAUGAAAUUCGCCCACUUCACUGCAAAUCAAGCGAUACUCGAAGCUUUUUCCGGCAAAGAUAGGGUUCAUGUGAUUGAUUUUAGUAUGAAACAAGGUACGCAAUGGCCGGCGUUGAUGCAGGCCUUGGCUGUUAGACCUGGUGGUUCUCCUUCGUUCCGAUUAACCGGAAUUGGCAUGGCUCCGGUGGAUAGUAUAGAUAAUAUGCAGGAAUCCGGUUGGAAGUUGGGUCAGUUGGCUGAUGCAAUUAAUGUCAAGUUCGAGUAUAAACCUUUGAUUGUCCAGAGUUUGGCCAAUAUUGAACCGGGUAUGCUUGAUCUGAGAGCCGAUGAGGUGAUCGCCGUUAAUUCAAUUUUUGACUUCCAUAAGUCGCUAGCUAAACCGGGAGCUUUCGAGAGACUGUUAUCAACGGUGAAGGCUAUGAAGCCGGAGAUUAUAACAGUGGUGGAGCAAGAAGCCAACCAUAACGGGGUUGAUUUUAUGGAAAGGUUCAACGAGUCGUUGAAUUACUAUUCCACCCUUUUCGACUCACUGGAGAGCAGCUGUAUUAGUAGUGGUUCUCCGGUGACGUAUAAUAAAGAUAAGGUCAUGACGGAGAUGUACCUAGGGAAACAGAUCUGUAACGUGGUUGCAUGUGAAGGUGAAGACCGAGUUGAGCGACACGAGACGCUAAUUCAGUGGAAGACUCGGUUUGAGUCUGCCGGAUUUCAGGCGGUUCAUUUUGGUUCCAACGCCUUCCGGCAGGCUAGUAUGUUACUGGCAAUCUUCGCCGGUGCUAUUGGGUAUAAGGUGAACUCGGAUGAGUCAACACAGUUGCACUAA